AUGGCUGCCUGCACUGCAAGAAUCCACCAUAUCUUGCUCGCGCUAUCCGGUGCUUUCUACCUCGCGUCGCACUCCGCCGCAUUCUCCGCCUGGGAUCACCCCGGUGUGAUCUCUCGCCUGGCUGACCAUGAUACCUUCCUUGCACUUAAUGUCACCGUGGGCAUGUUUGAUCUCCUCGACUUGGACUGGUGCUCUAUGGAGGAGCUGCCUCCUCCCGGCGCCGUCACCAGGCCGGCAGUUAUCCGCCGCGGUUCAACCUUUCCCAGGCCUGUGAUGCUCAUCAGCACUCCUGAGGGCUCCUUGAGAGAGAAACAUGACUAUGAUAACUGUACCGCCAGGUUUUUCUCUCAUUUCUCUUCCGCGUUCGAAGAAGAAAUUGUAAUUGGGCUGUCCGAGAGCAUGAGCCGAAGAGUGCCCCGUCCAACCCCUCACAGGCUCCCAGACCAACCUAGGGAGCGAAAAUAUGGCCGUAGAGCGAUGACCACAAGGAAGAAACAGCAGCCUGUUGCGAUCCGCGGGGAGCUCGCGUCGUCGUGGUUGAAGCAAGCGGCUGUGGCAGGUUCGGCUUUGUUUGGGUUGAUUUGCGCUGUGCCAGCUCUUCUGCUCUGCUGCAUACGCGGAAAGAGGCUGAGGCAGAGCACAUCGGUUAUCGAGCUCCGGCGAGGAUUAGGACCUAGGGAGUUUCGCUACCGCGAGCUUGCCGCCGCGACAGACAAUUUCGCCGAGCAGAAAAAGAUCGGGAGAGGGGGGUUCGGUCCGGUGUACUGCGGCUACUUGAGUGACCAAGACCGGCAUGUGGCCAUCAAGACGCUCUCGGAGGAGCCGACGGCGGUGCAGGGGCGCAAGGAGUUUGAGGCAGAGGUCAGUGUCAUGAGCCAGCUUAGGCACCGCAACAUCGUCCAGCUCGUCGGCUGGUACCGUCGCCGGGGACGACUAGCGCUCGUCUACGAGCUCAUGCCCGGAGGCAGCCUCGACACCCAUCUCUACAGUCCUGACAGACGCUUAUUAACGUGGCCAGAGAGAUACAAGAUUGCUCUUGGCCUGGGCUCUGCCUUGCGGUACCUCCACACGGAAUGCGACCAGUGCAUCGUGCACGGCGACAUCAAACCCGCAAACGUGAUGCUCGACGCGUCGCGCAACGCCAAGCUCGGCGACUUCGGGCUAGCGAGGCUCGACGACCAUGGAGCAGAGCCACGGACAACGCAGGUCGUCGCGGGAACCCUGGGGUACAUCGACCCGGAGUUCGUCAGCAGCGGCAGGCCGAGCGCAGAGUCCGACGUGUACAGCUUCGGAGUCGUGCUCCUCGAGAUCGCCUGCGGCAGGCGGCCGACGUUAACGCGAACGGAUCAUCAAGCCUCGACGGCGCUGCUGGCCUCGGUCCGUGGCAUGUACCACCGUAACCAGAUCGUCGAUGCAGCAGACCGGAGGCUGAAUGGCGAGUUUGACAGGCUGCAGAUGGAGCGUCUGCUGGUGACAGGGCUGUGGUGCGCGCACCACGACCCGAUGCGGCGGCCGUCCGUUGCGCAGGCCAUGGAUGUGCUACGAUCUGCAGACGCCAAGUUGCCCGUGCUUGCAGAGAUGCGUGGCGCUGGGGAGGUUCGGUCUUUGGAGGCACAGGCUUACGACGAUGUGCCUGCCGAGAACUCUGCUUAUUUAACAACUGAAAGUGCGUCCCUUAUGACCGAUGAUUCCGAGCACUCCCAAUGCAUCAUAUGCUAA